AUGGCUGAGGCUUUACUAGGAAUUGUGAUUGAAAACUUGCACUCUUUCAUGCAACAACAACUUGCAACAUUUUGGAGUGUAGAUCAACAAACUGAAGUGCUUUCCAGAAACCUCGAAGCAAUCCAUGCUGUCCUCAAAGAUGCUGAGGAAAAGCAAAUAACCAACCAUGCCUUGAAGCAUUGGUUGCAAAAUCUCGUAGAUGCAGCAUAUGUGCUUGAUGAUACCUUGGAUGAAUGUUCAAUACAAUACAAAAAGCUAAAUUGUGAAGGACAAAAUUCUGGGUCUGCACCAUUCAUAGCUUGGUUUCAUCCUCGCAACAUUGUAUUUCGUUGUUCUAUUAGUAAGAGGAUGAAAGAUAUCACCCGAAGAUUUCAUGAAAUUGAGGAUGAGAAGAGAAUGUUUGAAUUGCAUGCAAGUAUCACAGAAAGGCAACAAGACGAUAAUGAUGAAUUGCGCCAAACAAUCUCUACCAAUGCUGAACCCAAAGUAUAUGGAAGAGACCAAGAUAUAGAGCAGAUUGUGGAGUUUCUUCUGGGUCAUGCUAGUAACAAUGAAGACCUCUCCAUCUAUCCCAUUGUUGGUAUGGGUGGAGUUGGGAAAACAACACUUGUUGAACGCGUCUUCAAUGAUAAAAGGGUAAGCAAAAAUUUUGACUUGACGAUUUGGGUUUGUGUUUCUAAUGAUUUUAGUGUGAAGAGGAUACUAAUAUCCAUCAUAGAAUAUUGCACAAGAAAAAAUCCCAACCUCUCAUCUUUGGAAGCACUGCAUAAGGAAGUUCAACAAGUGUUGCAUGGCAAAAGGUAUUUGCUUGUCCUAGAUGAUGUGUGGGAUGAUGAUAAUUUUCAAGUCAAGUGGGAGAAGUUGAAGAGUUCGUUGCAGUGUGGAAGUGGAACAAAAGGUGCUUCAGUUUUGGUCACUACUCGACUUCAGAAUGUGGCAUUCAUUAUGAGAACAAAUGACUCGGUUCAUCAGUUGACAGGCUUAUCUGAGAGUGAUAGUUGGUCAUUGUUCAAACACCGUGCAUUUGGACCGAAUAGAGAAGAAACUGAAGAGCUUGUAUCAAUUGGCAAAGAGAUAGUGAGAAAAUGUGUUGGUUCUCCUCUCGCGAUCAAAGCACUAGGAAGCCUUUUGCACUUUAAAAGAGACAUAAAACAAUGGCAGUGUGUAAAUGAAAGUAAGUUUUGGGGCUUACCUGAGGAUAACUCCAUCAUGCAAGCUUUGAAACUAAGCUACUUUAAUUUGAAAUUGUCAUUGAGGAGAUGCUUUUCAUUUUGUGCACUUUUUCCUAAAGAUUUUGAAAUCAAUAGGGAAGAAUUAAUUCAUCUAUGGAUGGCUAAUGGGAUGAUUGAAUCUAGAGGAAGUUGGGCGGUGGAGGAUGUUGGUAAUGAGAUGUGGAAUGAAUUAUACCAAAGAUCAUUUUUCCAAGAAGUAAAGACUAAUGUGUAUGGCAUCAUUACAAGUUUCAAGAUGCAUGAUCUAUUUCAUGAUCUUGCCGAGUCUAUCAUGGGUGAAGAAUGUAUGAUUUCUGAGCAUAGAAGGUUGACUAAUUUGUCAAAGAGACUUCAUCAUUUGCAUUGCUUAAACUCUAACGAGUCAAUCAAUAUGGUAGCCUUUAAGAAAGUUGAAUCCUUGAGAACUUUUCUUGAUUUUGAUUCGGAUAUGUCACGUGAAAAUUUUCGUCGGUUGCCAUCAAACAAUUCUCUCCGAGCAUUAAGGACGAGCACUUUUCGACUAUCACCACUGAAGAAUUUAUCACAUUUGAGGUAUUUGAAUCUUCGUAAGAGUUGGAUCACAAGCUUGCCUAAUUUUAUAUGUGGGUUGCAAAAAUUACAAAUAUUGAAAUUGGAAGAUUGUGAGUACCUUUAUUGGUUGCCCAAAGACUUAACACGAUUACAAGAUUUAAGACAUCUUGUGAUUAAUAGAUGUUAUUUAAUAGUAGAGAUGCCUCCCAAAAUUGGCGAGUUUAAGCAUCUAAAAACAUUGAGCACUUUCAUUGUGGGUUCAACAGGUUUUGGGUUGGUUGAGUUACACGAUUUACAACUAGGAGGCAAGCUACAUAUCAGAGGCCUUGAGAAUGUCCCUAAUGAAUGGGAUGCUCAACAAGCUAACUUGAUUGGUAAGAAGGAGUUGAAUCGCUUAUACUUGUCAUGGGGUAGUAAUGCUAAUUCUCAUGGUAAUACUAAUGUUGACCCUCAAAGAGUACUUGAAGCUCUUAAGCCUCCCCCUAAUCUCAAGUGUUUUGGGAUGAAGGGAUACAAGGGAAGAGAGUUGCCUAGUUGGAUGAGAAAUACCUCGCUUCUCAAAGGCUUAGUUGAAGUUCUUCUCUAUGAUUGCAAUAACUGUGAGUGGCUUCCUCCACUUGGUAAAUUACCAUGUUUAAAAACUCUUUUCCUAUCCGGAAUGAAAGAUGUAAAGCACAUAGAUGAUGAUUCAUACAAUGGUAUGGAGAAGGCUUUUCCAUCCUUGGAGAAACUCACCAUGCGGGGUUUACCAAAUUUGGAGAGAAUGUUGAGAAAUGAAGGAGUUGAAAUGCUCCCACUUCUUUCCCAAUUAAGCAUUUGUGGCAUUUCCAACCUUAAAUUACCAUGCCUUCCAAGUGUUGAGCACCUUAUAGCUGGUAGCAUUGAGGACGAGGCUUCUUUCAUGCAAGGGGUUGUGGCAAAUAUGCCUUGUCUCAAGACCAUGCAUAUUACAACCUUUAAAAAGCUCAACGUAUUACCUGAUGAACUUGGCAAGCUGAGCUCACUAGAUGAAUUGUUCAUUCAACAUUGUAAUGAACUUGAGUCCUUUACUGAGCAUGCAUUACAAGGUUUAAGUUCUCUUCGAAGGUUGGAUAUCUGUAACUGUGAGAAAUUAAAAUCCUUAUCUGAAGGUAUUGGACACUUGGCUUGUCUUGAGAGUCUUACAAUCUACGAGUGUCCAAAGUUGGUGGCUCUGCCUAGCAAUAUGAACCAACUAACUGCCCUUAGACAGGUCACAAUCAUUGGCAAUUCAUUACCAGAGGGCUUACAACGUAUCCCUUCCCUACAAAGGUUGCUCAUAACAGGAAAUCCUGGUCCAACCUUGUUGCCAGAUUGGUUGGGAAACAUGACUUCUCUAAAACAAAUAGAAAUCACUAUGUGUACGGAGUUGAGGUCACUACCAAGUAGCUUUCAACACCUUACCAAUUUGUGUAAAUUGAGCAUUUUUAAUUGCCCUCAGCUGGAGAAGCGGUGCAAGAGGGAAACAGGAGAAGAUUGGCAAUAUAUAAAUCACGUUCCACAAAUCCAACUUACUUCAACAGAGAAUAUUACUUUCCCAUUUUGUGAGAAUAUUCAAUUGGCAUGGAAGUUAUCCAAGUUUGGGAUAUUGUUUGCUGUAAAUUUAUUGCGUCACGGUUACACUGAGGAAGAUGGAUUUGAUUCAAUGGUUGAUGUGUGA